GGUUUAACUCAUCCGUCGUUACUUGUAGCGUGCCAUUCGAGAUUUCUUAAAAGUCCGCACAAGUUAUGAUGUGCUGCCGCUAAGUUUCCGACUUAUCGUAUUCGACACCUCAUUAUCAGUGAAAGAGAGUUUGAAUAUUCUCAUUCAAAAUGGUAUGUUAUUCGGCUGCUCGCUUUUCUCGCUCGAGCCUCAUGUCCUGCUAUCACUCGGCAAAUGUCAUUGGCUAACUAAUAAAACCAAAUUCGUUAUUGGCGUAUAGGAAUUGUGUCUGCACCUCUUUGGGACUCUUCAACAUCGAGGUUCGCAGGUAUUCUGACAACAUCCGACUAUAUUAAUGUAAUUCAGUAUUACUUCCAGCACCAGGAGGCUUUAGCAAAGAUAGACCAGUUUCGGCUGAAUAGUCUCCGAGGUAUGUAUUCGAACCCAUCUUCACUUCUACCUAUGGGCAUCGUUGCUAAUGUAUUCACAGAGGUUGAACGAGCGCUCGGCGUAGCGCCUCCAGAAACCAUUUCUAUUGGUCCGGAGCGACCAUUAUACGAAGCAUGUCGCAGCAUGUUAUCAUCCAGGGCACGUCGUGUACCCCUGGUUUCAUAUGACAGCCAAACCGAAAGGCCAUUGGUGGUCAGCGUACUUACGCAAUAUCGCCUUCUUAAGUUUGUUGCAGUGAAUGUGGCAGAGACACAAAAGCUACGGAAACCGCUAAAGGAGAUCAAUCUUGGAACUUAUACCGAUAUAGUAACAGCUUCCAUGGACACUCCUGUGAUUGAUGUUAUACAUAAGUUGGUUGAAAGGAGCAUAUCAAGUGUACCAAUUGUUAACAGUGAAGGUAUUGUAUACAACGUAUUCGAAGCUGUCGAUGUGAUUACAUUAAUCAAGGGAGGGGUAUAUGACGACCUCAAUCUAGAGGUAGGCGAAGUACUGAAGAAACGCUCCCCCGACUUCCCUGGAAUUUAUACUUGUUCGAUCGAUGAUGGGCUGGAUACCAUUCUCGACACCAUCCGGAGAUCCAGAGUGCAUCGCCUGGUAGUUGUCGAUGACCAAUUCCGUCUCCGAGGAGUCCUUGCGUUAAGUGAUAUCCUUCAUUACCUCCUGCUAGAUGGUGAACAGGACGAGCCAUGA